GGGGAGGCACGGCGGUGCUGUUGUCUGUCAGCUCAGCCUGCCCUAAGAGCGCGUGUGAAACCCACAGAAAGAUGGAUGAGCCCGAAACUGGUGAGGUUUGUGGGCAUAUAGUCCUGCUCCUGCACCCCUGGGGCAGCCAAGACCAGCUUGCUGCUGCCUUCGGUAUCUCCUGGCCUGAUGGCCUGAACCCUGUGGGAGACCUCACGAUGCUUGAUGAUCUUCAGGGUGUUCCGUUCUUCCAGCAUCACUGCCAUGGUACUUAAGGUCUUCUUCCCGUCAUGCUGCUCCUCAGCAGAAAGUGGCAUCUUGGUCGGCCGCUGGCUCUCAGAGCAGAGCUCUGCUGUCAUCCUUGCCGUGGUGCAUUUCCCUUUCAUUCCUUUCCAGGUGAAGCAGUAUCUCAGUGAAGUCCAGCAAGUGACUAAAGUCAGUGUUUCUGUGCUCGGCUCCUGGAGCAACAGCAAGCAGGAGAAAGAAGAGAAUCUCAGUAAGUUCUUGGAAGACCUUGGGACAAUAUUCUCCCAUGAGCCGUGGAUUCAGAUAAGCAAAGAGGGAGACAGCAAAUUCUGGAGCUGUUCUACUUUUCAGAAACACUCUAACAACCCUAAGGAGGAAGAAGUCAUCUUAAUAUACUAUGACCAGCGCAAAGUCAUGCUUUCCCAUCUGCAUCCAUCUUUGGACACAGCUACCUCCACUGACCACGAGACAGAUGAUGCUUCAAAGCUCUCUGCCAUCUUCCACACAGUUGCAAAGAGUAAGAUACUCUUCAUGACAGACAGGUAUGACGAUGGGCCCAUCAAGCUGACCCACUGGCAGUCAGAUGGCGCUGAAGCCAGUAUCAUUGUGGAGCUGAUGAAGCAGGCCUCUGUGCCUGCCUGCAUGCUGCUGACAUUCCUGCUUUCACUUGUCUCUGGAAUCUGCAGGAGCAGGGUGCUCAAGUUUUGGCCUUUGUCUUUCUUAUGGAGCAAACUCUCAACUUGUGAGCAGCUGGGACAUCGCCUCCAGCACCUCCAGGUCAUCAGCAGUAACAAGAAGGCUCAAACCCAGACUCAACUCAUGAGGAAAGCCAACAUCUUUGUCUCUCUGCUGAUUGAUGUGGCUCUGGGGAUACUACUGAUUUCCUGGCUGUAUAGAAAGAACCGAAUUGGUCACCUUGCUGACACUCUCAUCCCUGUGGCUGAUCAUGUAGCUGAAGAGCUCCAGGACCUACUUCAGUGGCUAAUGGGAGCUCCAGCUGGACUGAAAAUGAACCGAGCUUUGGACCAGGUUUUGGGACGCUUCUUCCUUUACCACAUCCAUCUUUGGAUAAGCUACAUACACCUGAUGUCCCCAUUCAUUGAGAUGAUCCUCUGGUAUGUGGGUCUGUCAGCUUGUCUGGGCCUGACCAUGGCUCUCUGCAUUCUUUCCGACAUCAUUGCACUUCUGACCUUCCACAUCUACUGCUUCUAUGUCUAUGGAGCCAGGCUCUACUGCCUGAAGAUUUACGGCCUGUCAUCGCUCUGGCGCUUGUUCCGUGGGAAGAAGUGGAAUGUCCUUCGGCAGCGGGUGGAUUCCUGCUCCUAUGACUUGGACCAGUUAUUUAUUGGCACUUUGCUAUUCACAAUCCUGCUGUUCCUCCUGCCUACAACUGCACUCUAUUAUUUGGUGUUUACCCUGCUCCGUUUGCUGGUGGUGAUUGUGCAAGGCUUCAUCUACUUGCUGGUGAACCUGAUUGACUCUCUGCCUCUUUAUUCAAUCCUCCUUCGGCUCUGCAGACCCUACAGGCUCGCAGCUGGUGUGAAGUUCAGAGUCCUGGAGCAGCAGGAUGGAAAACCUCUUCGCCUCCUUAUGCAGAUCAACCCUCUGUCAUAUGGCAGCGUGGUACAGACAUACAGGCUGCCAACCUACAGCUGUUACCCCAAGGAUUCCUGGACAUCUCUCUGCAAGAAGCUGUUCCUUGGAGAGCUCAUCUACCCUUGGAAACACAAAGGAGAGAAGCAGGACUAAAGACAGCAAAAGAGCUUGAGACACAUGGUCAGACAAAGAAAUUGAAUCCUAAUGCUUUUGGACCAAAGGCAUCUCAGAGCCAGCAACUGCUACAUCCCCUUAAUUAGACUUUGGUAACCUGGAGGGGCUAAGGUUUUAAAGUCAGGUAUUUUUAGAUGUUAUUUUUCAAUUUUGCUUUUCUGCUACAGUGUGUUCAUGUCAUAUGGUAAUGCUUAUUUUUGAAGCAAAAGGUUAACCC